AACUCGACUUCGAACACUUCUUCAUUGACCAUACACGCAUCUACACCGUAUUGUGCGUAUGCCUCCUCAUCAUGGCCCGCUUCGACCGCGACCAACAUAUCUUCUCUGACUGCGAGCACUUCAGAUCCUCCAGCCACGACCUCGAUGUGUUACGCGUGUUGUUCCCGCGCGCACGUUUUGCACCCAUCACCCACGACCAAGAUCGCACCAAUGACCUCGGCCCCUUCGACUCCUUCGGCCUCGACCAAGACUUCCCCUUUGACAUCAUCCAUCGCCUCGUCUACAUCCUCGUCCGAGAAAUUCGAGCGGAACUCGCAAGCGUCCAACAUGCACGAGAGGCCGAGGGUUGACAAGCCAAAAAUAAUGCUCUCGACCUUCACGGGGAACGACUCCGAGGCCUGGCUCAAUCGGGCGAUGCAAUACUUCGAAUUGAACGAGACGCCGGCGAGGCACUGGGUCAGGUAUGCAGCCUAUUACCUAGACGGAGAGGCCAAUGUGUGGUGGCAAUGGCUCACAAGCAUAUACGGGACCCGCAAUCAACCGAUCAUGUGGAAUGAUUUUGAGAGAGAAUUACUCACGCGGUUUGGAGCAUCAAGUUACCUCAACUAUGACGAGGCGCUCUCGCGUAUUAGACAGACGGGCACUCUACGCGAUUACCAAAAGGAGUUCGAGCGCUUGGCGUGUCGCGUACGAGGGUGGCCUGAGAGUGCCUUGGUCGGUGCAUUCAUUGGAGGACUUAGGUAUGAUUUGGCUGCGGAGGUACGAUUGGAGCAACCGGACACCAUGCAAAAGGCGAUGGAGGUCGCUCGACGGCGCGAUGAGCACCUAGCCGCAACGCGAAGGGGACGGGCAGAUCUCCGUGCCCCAGAAACGCGCCGGGUGCCAAUUAGCUCGAACACGUUCAAUACAUGGGUCAAACCAACGAGAAACAUUCGACCUCCUAUUCCGGAGAUCAAGCGAUUGACGGUCGAAGAGAUGGCUCGGAGGCGUGAGAAGGGACUGUGCUUUAAUUGCGAGGAGAGGUUCACCCCGGGUCAUAAAUGUAAGCAAAAUUUUCUGAUCGAGCUUAUUGACUCGGGUGAUGAGGAGCCAGAGUUUGUGGAAGAAAGGGAAGAGGAAGAGGUCGAGGAGCUCGAUGAUGAGGCCGAAAUCUCUGUGCACGCUAUGGCAGGCACCAAGGGCCCGAGGAUGAUGCGAUUGCCGGCGUGGGUGAAGGACCAGCGAGUGACUGUGCUCGUGGACAAUGGGUCGUCGCACAACUGCAUUAAUGCGACACUAUCUCACAAACUUAAACUACCCACGUCCAUGGUCGAGCCAUUCGAGGUUCGGGUGGCUAAUGGUGAGCGACUACGGUGCUCGAAGGUGUACCGAGGAGUGCCAAUCAAACUCCAGGGAGUAACGGUAAAGGCGGACCUGUUUGCCUUGCCACUGGUAGGGCCAGAUGUGGUGCUUGGGGUGCAGUGGCUCGAGGGACUAGGAGAUGUGAUGACUAAUUACCGCAAGGGUGUGAUGAAGUUCGAGGCCGGUGAUCAGCUCGUUACUUUGAAGGCUAGUGAAGGGGAAACCAAGGAGGUUGGUCUAAAAAGUAUCGAGAAGGUGUGGCGAG